GGUGCGCGGCCCCGGAUGUUGGCUGCUUUUGCUGCCGCCGCCGCUCUCGGCGCUUCUUCGGGCCCUGGCGGCUCGCAACAGGGGCGGUUGGGACAUUUCGCGGGGGGCGGAGUUGCACGCAGCGGCCGGGGGCUCGGCCGGGCCGUCCCGGCCUGCGCAGCCUGAGAUUCUCUUUGUGGCCAGAUGGGUUUGUAUGGACAGGCUUGUCCAUCUGUAACUUCAUUAAGGAUGACAUCUGAACUGGAGAGCAGCCUAACAUCUAUGGACUGGUUACCACAGCUUACCAUGAGAGCAGCCAUCCAAAAAUCUGAUGCGACACAAAAUGCACAUGGAACAGGAAUUUCUAAGAAGAAUGCGCUCCUUGACCCAAAUACAACUCUGGACCAGGAAGAAGUUCAACAGCACAAAGAUGGGAAACCUCCAUACAGUUAUGCCAGCCUCAUUACAUUUGCUAUUAAUAGCUCACCCAAAAAGAAAAUGACUUUAAGUGAGAUUUACCAGUGGAUUUGUGAUAACUUCCCAUAUUAUAGAGAGGCUGGCAGUGGUUGGAAGAAUUCCAUACGACAUAAUCUGUCACUCAACAAAUGUUUCCUUAAAGUGCCUCGAUCCAAGGAUGACCCUGGAAAGGGAUCCUAUUGGGCAAUAGACACCAAUCCGAAGGAAGAUGCAUUGCCUACUCGCCCAAAGAAGAGGGCACGAUCUGUAGAAAGGGCCUCAACUCCAUAUAGCAUAGAUUCAGAUUCUUUGGGAAUGGAGUGUAUUAUUUCGGGAAGUGCCUCUCCAACUCUGGCAAUCAACACUGUGACUAACAAAGUAACAUUGUACAAUACCGAUCAGGAUGGUAGUGAUAGCCCACGCAGUAGCCUUAACAACAGUCUCUCAGACCAGAGUUUGGCAUCUGUUAAUUUGAACAGUGUUGGAAGUGUGCAUAGUUAUACACCGGUGACAAACCAUCCAGAACCAGUCUCUCAAUCAUUAACUCCCCAGCAGCAGCCACAGUACAACCUUCCAGAACGAGACAAGCAACUGCUUUUCUCAGAAUAUAAUUUUGAAGAUCUUAGUGCCUCAUUUCGGAGCCUUUAUAAGUCAGUUUUUGAGCAGUCACUUAGUCAACAAGGUUUGAUGAACAUCCCUUCUGAAUCUUCCCAGCAGUCCCAUACUUCAUGUUCCUACCAGCACUCUCCUAGCAGUACAGUGAGCUCACAUCCACACAGCAACCAAAGCAGCCUGUCCAACAGUCAUGGUAGUGGCCUCAGCACUACGGGCAAUAAUUCAGUCACACAAGUCUCUCUGUCUCAUGCUCAGUUGCACACACAGCCGUCCCCACAUACACCCCACCGACCACAUGGCUUACCACCACAUCCGCAGCGUCCUCAGCACCCAGCCCCACACCCACAGCAACACAGCCAGCUCCAAUCACCUCCCCCUCAGCACCCCUCUCCACAUCAACAUAUACAGCACCACCCAAACCAUCAGCAUCAGACGUUGACACACCAGGUACCCCCACCUCCGCAACAGGUAUCCUGUAAUUCUGGUGUUUCAAAUGAUUGGUAUGCCACACUUGAUAUGCUAAAAGAAAGCUGUAGAAUUGCCAGCAGUGUUAAUUGGUCAGAUGUAGAUCUUUCCCAGUUCCAAGGUCUGAUGGAGAGUAUGAGACAGGCAGAUCUCAAGAACUGGUCUUUAGAUCAGGUUCAGUUUGCUGAUCUCUGUUCUUCCCUUAAUCAGUUCUUUACACAAACUGGCCUUAUCCACUCACAGAGUAAUGUUCAGCAAAAUGUUUGUCAUGGUGCCAUGCAUCCAACAAAACCUUCCCAACACAUUGGAACAGGAAAUUUGUACAUAGACUCCAGGCAAAAUCUCCCUCCUUCAGUGAUGCCGCCCCCUGGUUAUCCUCAUAUCCCACAGGCACUUAGCACUCCAGGAACAACGAUGGCAGGCCAUCACGGAACCAUGAACCAGCAGCACAUGAUGCCUUCCCAAGCCUUCCAGAUGCGCCGCUCCCUGCCCCCAGAUGACAUCCAGGAUGACUUUGAUUGGGAUUCAAUUGUGUAGAGUGUGUUUCUGUAAAGCCUCGGACCCCACUGUCACUUUCUCUGCAGUAAAGAGAAAGGUUUAAGAGAAUCCAGUUGAGAAAACAAGGUUCCUGAUCACUUUACCAAUGUUAUCAAAAAUUCUUUUGAAGACAAUCAAAAAGGUUUUAGCUGGAUAACUUAACUGCUUUUAUCUGACCCAAACAAGUACUACAUGUUUGUCUCCCUGCCUACUGCCCUAUGUAGCUCCUAACUGUUGUGUGAUUUGGACGGCUUUUUGCAUAUUUGUGUAAGUUUGAUGUUAACCACAAGUGCCAGACUGAUUUUUUCAGACAGAGCCUAUUUUGCUGCAAGCAGUUUAUAGAUACAUAUGUGUAAAUAUAUGUACAAAAAUUACUGAAAGGCUUCAGUUUUUCUAAUUGGAUUAUUAUGUAUUGAAAGGAAAGUUACUGUCAGUUUUUAUUCCUUUUUAGGCUAUUUUCUGCAGGAUGCUUUUAACUAAGGUAGGAACUGAAAGGAAAUAUAUUUCUCCAAAGCCCAGUUUCCCUCAUUUAAUCUUUUGCCAGAAAUGUGGGUAAUAAAUAAAAAAGUCUAUUCAGUAAAUCAAGAAACCAAGAGCUUGAUGCUCUCCAAAUAAUCCAGAGGGGCAUGUUGUUCCUGAGCAGCAUAAAGAACUGACCAAAAUUGUUUUGAUGUGGGGGAGUAUAGAGUAUAUGUUGUACCUUGUUGAUGUCUAUUUCCUAAGUCUGAAUUAUAACAGCUCUGAAAUUUGUUUGAUUAGAAGAUAGGCAUUACUUGGGUCUAUAAACAAAUCAAUGCCUCUACAUUCGCUUAUGUAUUUAUUAUUCAAAAGUGUUAUUUUAAUAUUUAUUGCCACCUUUUGUGAAUGCUCGGCUUUUAUUGGGUUUGCUAAGGAAAAAUGUGUCUGAAAGCAUAGAGUUAUUUUUCUUGGUAAGAGUUUACAGACAAGACAAUCAGAGGGACAUUUUGUCAUUCUCUUUAUCAUCACUCCUUUUACCAGGUAAGUAUAUUUCUUUAUGUUAGCAUUCCUGCUGACCAAGACUUAAUAGCUAAAUUGGAUUUUUCUGGAAUUUGAAUCAGAGUCCAUUUGGGCGAGAGAACAGCAAGGCAGGGUUUAUAAAGCAAGUUUUCCCACUCAUUUUCUUUCUGUUUAGGAAGCACUGAAAAAGAGGUAUGGCUACAAAUAGAAUUUAUUUGCCUCAGUCUUUAAUGUAGUUAUUAAGUGGCCUGCUGUUGCUGUGUCCUGUCUGUGUGCACCUGAAAUUUGGUCACUGUCUUUGAAAGGAAGCUCUUCGUGUAGGGGUUUUUAAUUGUUUUGUCUUAUCACAGUUCCUUUGCAUGUAUUGAUUGUCUGAGUUUUAUAAUGCAGCUAGAAGAAACAAGAUUUUUUUCCCCUAAUGAAUAGGUUUUGAAUGGAUUUUUUUUUGAAUUUUUUUAUUUUUUGAAUUGAUUCUUUAGAGCAACAACAGAAACAAAAAAUCUUUUCAAUUUUAAUGAGGAAAGGGGUCUCAUCAAAUUGAGGAAUAGUUGCUCACUGGUUGCUUUUUUAGCAUUUCUGAUUUCUUUCAGACAUGUUAAAUCACUUUAAUUAGCCUUAGUGAUUUCUUUGGUUGAGUAAUCUCUACUUGAAAUAAACAUUUUUGUUUCCCUGUGUAUGUAUGUUUGAGAAAGGGAGAGAGUGUUUGUGAACAUGUAUAUGUUUUUUUAAUGGAGUGUUGCCUUCGAUGAAUAACUGGGACACCAGCCAUGCUAAGGGCUUGUGAGGUGGAAGAAAAAGGAAGAGCUUUGUGUUUCUCUAUUGUUUGGGCCCUGCUUGGCAUGAAAAAGGAAGCUCAGUUCCAGUCCCUUGGAUCAGUGAAAAUCAGAGGAUUCUGGAAAGGUAGCCAACAGGCUCCUCUUAGAAGGAUCAAGGCAGGAAGAGAUUGCAGCCUGCAGAGUAAAAGCUUGAAAAAGGCGGAUGAUUUUCAAUAGUCUACUUGAGUCACUGUUUUCUAGACACCAAAAUAGCUGUUUUAAAACUGAAUUGCUUGGAUAGCAAUGUGCACUUUAAAUAAUUUGGGUAUUGGAAUGCAGCCUCUUAAACUGAAUGAUUUAGGUAGAACCACUGACCAUGAUUUUAUAAAUUAUGUGAAGCUGAUAUCUCAUUCGGCAGUCAUUUAUUGAUUUUCAAUGGUCAGUACUUUUAUGAGUAUUUAAACUUACCAAGAAUGUUCCUGGAGGCAAAGUCUGCACCCACACCUGCCCCACUCUCCUGUGAUCCAGGCAGCCCAGGAGCCCAGGACAGGCCUUUGCCGUGGACCAUGGCCAGAUGGGGUUACCUGGUGAGGUGCAGAGUCCCUCUAGUGGCCAUUUCUCUUGGUAAUUGCUAAUGGAGGGUACCUUCUGUCUUGGGCUUAAAUUAGACUUUUGGGGAAAACAAUAAUGCCUAUAAUCAGACAUGGACACUCUGUCCAGGAGAAUAAUCCGACUGGCAUUUGUGGCAGUUUUUGAAAUGUAAAUGUAUUCAUGUAUGUUCUUGUAAAUAUGUGUCUCUCAAAUGUCCUUUGAAGUGGGAGGGAAUCAAUCUGGGGAUAAUUUCAAAUGGAAUAGAGUAUUUUGAUAUUGUGCAUUCAGAGGGUGAUGUGUACAUACCUAUAUUGUAUAUAUGUGAUGAAAAUGCAUUGGCUUUUUGUGCAAACACAACCUGCUUUCUGUACUGAUGUUGGACAGUGUUUUAAUGUUUCUACAGUUUUGCUAUUGCACGAUUUCAUAUUCUGCCUCUAUGAUGAAUGGCACCCAUUCUUUGUAACUGUUUAGUGCUGUAAAGAAAUAUUCCAAGUGUCAUUAGGAUUGUCGCUGCCAGAACUGAUAUGCAUGAAUGGCACUUAAAAUAAAUAUAUUAUGUUAACUCUAUUUACAACA